AUGAAGUCUGAAGACGCAGGCACGCGUGCGUCCUCGCCGACCAUCACGGAGGAGCAGGACUGGAACGCAAAGGACUCUGAUGGCCUGCUAAAGUCAAAAGAGAAUCAUGAGAGCGAAGAUGGAAAGCCAACUCACUUUUUGCAGAGGAAAAUCCCUGUCAAACUCCACCUGAUAAUUUUCAGCUUCUGCGUCUUGUCUCUGCUGGGCAUGGCGGCCCUGCUCGCUAGGAGCUGGCGAGGAGGCACGAAGAAGCCAUUUCUCUAUUCGCCCGCGAACGAAGCCGUCGAGUACUACAUCGGGGAGUUCUCGGACGGCAACGAUCCUCACGGCAUGUACGUCGGGGAGCCUCGACCGUCGCUGGAGAAGGCGUGGCAAGACUUGCUAGGCCCGAUGAAUGUCCGGCUGUCGUUGCAGGACGUCCAGGCGUUUGGGCGUGAGGCGACGGCAGUUGGGAUGUCGGAUGGCAGCGGCUACAUCGGCACGCUGAAUGUGUAUCACGAGCUGCACUGCGUGCGGUGGCUUCACAAAUACGUCUACCAAGAGCACUACUGGCCGGGGUUGGAUGACGAGCAGCGGAGAAAGAACAGAAUCCACAGCAAAAGACGAGAAAAGAAAACGAAGAGAAGGGAGAAGAAAGCUAAUCAUGGAGCCACGACAGACCACUGCCUGGGUACCCUCAAAAGCUUUGCCAUGUGCCACGGCGACGUCGGCAUGGUCAUUUACAGCUGGCAAAAGGACGUGCUCAAGCCCGGCGCCAACGGUACGGGCCACACGUGCGUCAACUGGGACAAGAUCUCGAAGUGGACCGAGGAACGAACCGUCAACAUGUACGAGCCGGGUUUGAUCAUCCACCCGCAGCUUGGGCCGGCAUAUGCCGAAGAAGAGAAUAGCAAUGAGGAGCACAUCUAUGGCGCGCUGCACAGCCAUGGAGGAAGCCCGUAA